AUGGGGCCUCCAGACGCAGCAUCUUCUGCCACACUAAGAAAAGUCAACCACCUUCUCGAAGUCUGUGGAAAACUCGAGCAUGAAAACAGCUUGCUCCGCAAAUACAAAUCUGUGCUCCAGAAAGAGGUUGAGGAUCUGAAGGCUCAGUUGCACGAUAUGAAAGUUGAGGCGCUCAAAGAGAAGCUGAAACUAAAAGAUUCUGUCUCUAAAGUUCACGAUUUUGUUUCAGAUGAGAAACGACUCGUGUUUUAUACGGGGUUUAACUCCUUCAAAAAAUUUGAUGCGUUUGUGGAACAUGUUGAAGGCAUGUACGAGGCAGUGAAAACGGGUGCUGGCAGGCCACCAGCACUGACAAUGAAAGAACAGCUCAUUGCAGUGCUUUGCAGGCUCAGGGUUGGGUUACUGGAACAGGAUUUGGCAUAUCGCCUGAAAGUGUCUGUGUCGACCGUGAGUGCCAUGUAUACAUUUUGGGUAAAUUUUUUGUUUGAAAUGCUAAUCCAGAUACCAAUGUGGCCAUCCCGUAACACAGUGGACCUGUUCAUGCCAGACAAUUUUAAAGAAUUGUACCCAUCUACACGCAUUGUACUAGACUGCACAGAAAUUUUUAUCGAGAACCCGUCUGACUACAACACACAAAGCGACACUUUCAGCUCGUAUAAAGGACACAACACCGCAAAAGGGCUCAUUGGCAUCACUCCGAACGGCUUCGUUUCUUUCGUGUCUAAUCUUGCUCCUGGGAGACUUUCUGAUCGAGAACUCACAAGACACAGUGGCCUGUAUGAGUUGCUCGAGAAUGGGGACAGUGUAAUGGCGGAUAGAGGAUUCCUCAUUGAAGAUGACCUCCGUCAGCUUGGAGUCGAAUUAAACAUGCCACCUAUGUUGAAUGGCCGCUCGCAGUUGUCACUGGCAGAGGAGUUAGCAACACGGCAGAUAGCCAGUUUGCGAAUCCAUGUUGAGCGUGUCAUCAGGGAAGUUAAAAACUUCAGAAUACUCCGUGCUGUUUUUCCGAAUGUUAUGGCAGAGAAGCUGAACAAGAUAUGGAAAAUUUGUUGUUAUCUCAAUAAUUUCAUGCGUGAGCCCAUUCUAAACAGAUGA